CUAGCACACCAUCCUAACAACUAACAAGUGACAACCCGUUAUCACGCAGUAACAGAAAAACACGUCAACCGCCACAACUAACUCCGUCUCAACCACCACAUCAAUGUCCUCCGCCAUCGUUUUCGGCGGAGCAACCGCCGCAAAACCACCAACAUUACUCAAAAAACACCUCAGCGCAGUCGCCAAGUUCCACUCCCCCAAACCCAACCUCACACGUUUCGAAUUUCAGAAGAGAAUCCAAUAUCCCAAUGGCUCAGCCUCUCUCCGCCCUGUUCUCCGCCUCCGUGUUUCUUCCAACGACGCUCAGUUCAAAUCAGCUCCCGAAAACAACAACCAACACAAACAACAACUGCAACCGAGUUUCACUGAGUUCAUCACUUCUGAACGAGUCAAAGUGGUGGCGAUGCUCGCUCUUGCUCUCGCUCUCUGCAACGCUGAUCGUGUAGUCAUGUCCGUUGCCAUUGUUCCUUUAUCGCUCGCUAAUGGUUGGAGCCGAGCUUUUGCUGGAAUUGUUCAGUCUUCAUUUCUGUGGGGGUAUUUGUUAUCGCCUAUAGGUGGAGGGAUGUUGGUGGAUAACUAUGGUGGCAAAGUGGUCAUGGCUUGGGGUGUGGCAUUGUGGUCACUUGCUACUUUUCUUACUCCCUUUGCUGCAGAGAGCUCACUUUUGGCUCUACUUGCGGUCCGUGCUUUGCUUGGUCUUGCUGAAGGUGUAGCUCUUCCUUCCAUGAAUAACAUGGUAGCCAGAUGGUUUCCUCAAACUGAACGGGCAAGGGCUGUUGGAAUUUCAAUGGCUGGAUUUCAGCUUGGAUGUGCGAUAGGGCUCACGCUUGCUCCCAUUCUAAUGUCACAAGGAGGUAUAUUUGGUCCAUUUGUGAUUUUCGGCUUGUCUGGGUUUCUUUGGGUGUUGGUGUGGUUGUCAGCGGCAUCAAGCACUCCUGACAGAAGUCCUCAGAUAUCAAAAUAUGAGCUGGAGUAUAUAUUGAAUAAAAGACAACAUUCUUUUCCGGUAGAGUCAAAGAAAGUUAAAGGUAUUCCUCCCUUCAGACGCUUGCUUUCAAAGAUGCCAACAUGGUCUCUAAUUGUUGCAAACGCCAUGCAUAGCUGGGGGUUUUUUGUUGUUCUUUCUUGGAUGCCCAUAUACUUCAACUCAGUAUAUCGUGUGGAUAUCAGGCAGGCGGCAUGGUUUAGUGCCGUUCCAUGGGUUGUGAUGGCUAUCAUGAAUUACCUUGCUGGCUUUUGGUCAGAUAUGAUGAUACAAAGUGGUACCAGUGUGACUUUGACUCGUAAGAUUAUGCAGUCGAUUGGUUUUGUUGGUCCUGGACUUAGCCUCAUUGGUUUAGCAACAGCAAGAAACCCCUCGGUUGCUUCAGCUUGGCUUACAUUAGCCUUUGGCUUGAAAUCUUUCGGUCACUCUGGAUUUCUUGUGAACUUUCAGGAGAUCGCACCACAGUAUUCUGGUGUUAUACAUGGAAUGGCAAAUACUGCUGGAACAGUUGCUGCUAUAAUUGGAACAGUCGGAGCUGGCUUUUUUGUUGAGCUAUUUGGUUCAUUCCGAGGAUUUCUGUUGCUUACAUCACUCUUAUAUUUUCUUGCUGCCCUUUUCUACUGCAAAUUCUCUACAGGAGAAAGAGUAAAUUUUGAUGAUCCUGUUGGCUGACGAGUACCGGAAGCUAAAUAGAGUUCAACUGUACAGUUCAAUUACUUGUACAUGAGAGGAGAUUAAGUGAAGAAUGACAACGUUGGUUUACAUUUUCUUAUUGUCAUGUUCUGUUGUAUAAGAGACACCUACCAUCUAUCAGGUGUAAAAUUGUUGUAUAGUUUUUUUAAUUGCAUUAAGGGUUUCUUCUACAUGCAUUUGAACAUUUUGAUAUUCUAACCUGUGAAGAACACAUGAAAAAUAGAAAGAACAAGAUCAAAAUAUGAGGUGGUAUAAGGUGCACCACAUUUUAA